AUGAAGACUCCCGUGACAGCCAGAAAUAAUAAAAAGUAUUGUCGCUAUCAUCGGGACAAAGGGCACCAUACUGAUGACUGUCAGGCUGUAAAACAAGCAAUCGAGAAGCUCAUCAAGAAGGCGUAUUUCAAGGAAUACGUCGACGACUCUGCUCCCUCGCAAGAGAAAAAUCGAGGGGAGCAGAGUAAGAAGCGCCGCGAUCAGAAGGGUUUGUGCAGUCUUAAUUUGAUUUUUGGAGGACCGCACUUCGCUGGAAAUUCUCGAGAUGCCCGAGAAAGGUAUGCUCACGAAGCUCAUGAAGCUCACGAAGCACAUCACAACCCCAUUAGCAUGAUGAGUGCAGAGCAGCGACCACGAAAGGUUCGCAGGGAGAUAGAAAUCUCCUUCUCUGAGCAGGAUGCAGCCAAGUUGCAUCACCCUCACGACGACGCCCUUGUGAUCACGCCCCUGAUAGGGCGCUAUAAUACCCAAAGAAUGUUAGUGGAUAACGGGAGGGCUGUGAACAUCCUGUUCGCGUCCACUUUCGAAAUGAUGAAUCUGGACGAGGCCAACCUGAAGCCUGCCUCAUUCCCACUGUACGGAUUCACAAGAGACCAUCUACUCCCCAAAGGGACGAUCUCACUCCCAGUCACACUGGGCGAUUUUGACGAAGUGACUAAGGUAAUUGAGUUCUUAGUAGUAGAUUGCCCAUCAGCUUUUAAUGGGAUCCUGGGGCGGCCUCUACUAAGACAGUUCAAGGUGGUCACCUCGAUUUACCAUCUAAAAAGGAAAUUUCCCACCCCGAUGGGAAUCGGGGAAGUCAGCGGGUCUUAG